AUGGGAGAUAUGAAGACACCAGACUUUGACGACCUGUUAGCGGCCUUUAACAUUCCCGACAUGGUGGAUCCUAAAGUUGCUAUUGAAUCGGGCCACCACGAAGAGCAUGAAGGACAUCUGAAGCAACCUUGUGCUGGGACGACUUCCUGUGAAGAUGAAACCAACUCCUGCAGUGCAAAAGACGCUGGUGUUAGUGUCAUUGUAAAGAACAUUCAAAACUUGGACUCAAGUGGGAUCGGAUCAGAGAAAAAUGAAUUUUUCAAUUCCCAUUCUCAAUCACAUUCUGUUGGCAAUGGACUCCAUAACGGCUGUCCACCAACUGUGUCACUUGAUGCUCCUUACACCAAGAAUGGAGGCAAAACUCACAGAGAAGAGGGACAUAAACUGAUCAACCAUUCGUCCACCUUUGGUCAGUUCAGUCCAAUAUCUAGUGCUGAAGAGUUUGAUGAUGAAGAUAAAAUUGAGGUAGAUGACCCUAAGAACAAGCAACGGCGUGAAACCUCUAUAGAGGCAGAGAACCAGAGUUCCAAAUCUGUUGCAAUGGACAAUAUAACUCAACCCAAAACUAGCAAACUCACCAAACAUGAUCAAAAUAGCAAGAAUGGCCCUAUCAGACACUUUAAUUCUAAUGGUCUGUCGUUAUUUCUUUCACAAGAGGACAACCUGAAGGAAGUUUCUCUAAAAGUUCAAAGCCCAGAGUGCAGGCUUGCCGAAAAGUCAUCAGGAGUUGGGUCCAAUGGGUCCAAUGUCCCCAAAGUCAAAUCAUCUACAAAACUUUCAUCUUGUAUUGCAGCCAUAGCAGCACUCAGUUCCAAAACAAUUACUGUUGAAGAGAUGGAUGCUUUAGAUUCUUGUGCAUCUCAGAAAGAACCUGGUCAAUCUAGAGAAAAUCCCACAGCUGCAGAAAGACUACAGGAGACAGAGUCAGCCUUAGAGUUAGCAAAGAAGCUACUGACAAAAGAACCAGACAGCCCCUCGGGUUUCACAAGUGAGAGCAGCAGUAAGGGUUCCCCUGCUUCGAAUGUAGACACUACUCCGGUCAUCCCAAAGGUGAGAAUCAAAACAAUCAAAACCUCAUCUGGACAGAUCAAACGUACCGUCACCAGAGUCCUCCCAGACUUUGAUUCUGAUGGUCUAAAGAAAAUGGAGAACAGCACAUGCGUCAUGGUAAGCACCAGCGCAAUUAUCUCAUCACCCCCAAGGCCCUCUUUUCCAUCAACGGUUGUUGCCACCAGUGGGGGGCCAACAAUUGAAUUAACCAAGCAAAUGACAAUAAAACCUGUGGCAACAGCUUUUCUUCCCGUGUCAGCUGUCAAGACUGCCGGUUCACAAGUUAUUAACCUUAAACUGUCCAACAAUACCACGGUCAAAGCAACCGUCAUCCCUGCUGCAUCAGUGCAAAGUGCCAGCACUGCCAUCUUGAAAGCUGCCAAUGCAAUCCAGCAACAGACUGUCAUGGUACCUGCUUCCAGUCUGACUAAUGCCAAACUAGUACCAAAAACAGUCCAUCUUAGUAACCUCAGUCUUCUUCCUCAAACAAUGUCUUCUGUUGCUUGUGAUCUCCAGCAGGCUUUGACCUCCAAACCUUCCCAGAAUCAACAAUCACAAGUCAAACUUGCAGGUCAAGCUUCAAAGAAAGUCUCUCGGGUUCAACUGUUCACCAGUUCUCAAAGUUCUGUUGUGGAAGCUUUUAAUAAAGUCCUGAGUAGCAUGAAUCCUGUUCCUGUAUAUGUCCCAAACCUAUCUCCACCAACCUCUGCCUGUAUCUCUCUACCUUCCCGGGGCUACAAGUGUCUGGAAUGUGGAGAUUCAUUUGCUCUUGAGAAGAGCCUGACACAGCACUAUGAACGACGCAGUGUGCGAAUUGAGGUCACCUGCAACCACUGUGCCAAAGGCCUGGUGUUCUACAACAAAUGUAGUCUCUUGUCUCAUGCCAGAAGCCACAAGGACAAAGGUGUAGUCAUGCAGUGCUCACAUCUAAUCCUAAAACCUAUACCUGUAGAUCAGAUGAUCAGUACAACAAACUCAUCUGUACCACCUGUUCUCACGUUCACCACUUCCACAUCUCAAGCAAAAGCUCCUACAGGACAAACCAGAGGAAAGGUUACUGAUGGUGGAAACCAAACUGGAGUCAUUUCAGCUCCAUCCAGUGCUCCUUUUGUGACCGCCAUGCCCUUGGAGGAUGAUCCGUCAAAGCUGUGCAGGCAUAGCUUAAAAUGCUUGGAGUGCAACGAAAUGUUCCAGGAUGACAGCUUGCUGGCUGUGCACUAUCAGCAAGCAUCAGAGUCCAGCAGUCAGAAAACAUGCACAGUUUGCCAAAUGCGUCUGCCAAACCAGUGCAGCUUCCUGUCGCACCAGAGAAUCCACCAGCACAAGUCCCCUUACAUUUGCCCUGAAUGUGGUGCCAGUUGUCGCUCAGUUCACUUCCAGUCCCACGUCACCAAGAACUGCCUGCAUUACACCCGCAGAGUCGGCUAUCGAUGCAUCCACUGUAGCGUCAUCUUUGCUGAUGAGGCGACUCUAAAGUCCCACAUCCAGAGCACUCACUGUGAGAUCUUCUACAAAUGUCCACUCUGCCCCAUGGCAUUUAAGUCUGCACCUGGAACACAUUCUCACGCCAACACGCAGCAUCCAGGAGUGAAGGCAGGAGAGCCCAAGGUGAUAUACAAAUGUUCGAUGUGUGACACAGUGUUCACGCUGCAGUCCCUGCUCUCCACACACUUUGAUCAACACGUCCUCAAUCAUAAAGUUUCUGUGUUUAAAUGCCCUGACUGCUCCACCCUUUACGCACAGAAACAGCUCAUGCUGGACCACAUCAAGUCUGUCCAUGGGACCCUGAAGACAAUCGAGGGUCCACCAAACUUAGGAAUCAACCUCCCACUCAGCACAAAGGCUACCAACUCCAACAGCACCAACAGCAACAUUCCUCUAAACAACAACAAAGAUGGAGGGCAUGUCAACAGUCAAGACAAGGGAGAGAGGAAGCCCUCUCCUUCACCGCUGAAGACGACUAACAGCAACUGUUCAGCCGACCUCAAGAGCCCUCUCAGCUCAGGAUACACAUGUGGAGAAUGUAAGGACUCCUUCACUUCCAGGGAGGUCUUUGUGACGCACGUGAGGCGAGAACACGGCAAAAUAUUGAAGAAACAUCCGUGUCGACAGUGUGAAAAGUCUUUCAGCUCCUCACAUAGUCUUUGCCGCCACAAUCGUCUGAAACACAAAGGACUGAGAAAGGUCUACAGCUGCCCGAAAUGUCCAGCUCUGAGCCCACCCUUCACUAAAAGAGCACAGCUGGAUCAACACAUCCAGCUGAUGCACAGAGUUAGAGGAAGAAAGAGCGACAACGCGGAUGCUGCAGCGGCUAAACAAAAGAAGCGAAGCCCCAAAAGGAAGCAGCCAGCUGAAGAAAGGGGGCCUCCAGCCUUGAACUCCAGAGUCUCAGACUCUCAGCCGUUGAAAAAACUCAAAGUAAACAUCCUCAAGGUGCACAAAUGUGCAGUGUGUGGCUUUACCACUGAGGACAUUGCUGCUUUCCACAAGCAUAUUCCCCAGCACAAGUCCGACGGCUCGUCCUUCCAGUGUCAGGAGUGCGGCCUGUGCUACACCUCCCACCGCUCGCUGGCCCGACACCUCUUCAUCGUCCAUCGGCUGAAGGAGCCCCAGGGUCUGGGCCAGUACAAGGGACGGGGCAGGGAAGAUGAGGAGAGCCAGAGGGAAAACCAGUUAGAUAUUAAAGAUGAGAAUGAUGACGGGACACCCAGCACAAAAUGUAAAGUGUGCGGUAAGAUGUUUGAAACAGAGGGAAACCUGAACACACAUAUGAGGACACACGGGAUGGCCUUCAUUAAGUCAAAGAGACAGAGCAUGGCAGAGAAGUGAGAGGAAGAUCUUUUAUAACUAUUCCAUGAGUUGAUUAAACCUGAAGACCUUUUAUAACUAUUCCAUGAGUUGAUUAAACCUACAGUACCUCCUAUAGUCAUGGUUAUGCUGUAAAGACAUCAUGUUGCAGUACAACAGUAUGUACACAGUAAAAUAUACCCGAGAAAAUCCAGCAUACUCUUGUGUUUCACUAGACUGUAUUUUGUGGUGUUUGUACAGAUAGAGAUGCUGUUAUGGGCCUUGAGUAUUUUUUUUUUAGUUGUUCGUUUUAAAUGCUUGUUUUCUUACCAGAGCGAGACAAUGUAUGACACCAUCAUUCGAACAGAUUUAUUAUCAUCAAAAAAAAAAAAGUCAGCGGUGUGUUUCUACUUCAAAGUGCUGCUUAACGUCCAAUGAAUGUCCGCCAGAAAACCACAGGUGUGUUCAUGUUUUACUUAAUGAUUUUAAUUAUUAUUUUAUUACUUGUCAAACAAAUAAUAUUAAUAAUUUAAUUGGGGCAAUAUAUUAAAUUAAAUAGUACAUUAAAAACAAAAGCUAUUUCAAAUUCGAUCAGCAAAAAUAAGUUUUAAACCUGAUAGUUGUAAAACAAUGUUUUUUUUAACUGUGAGCCAAAUGAAUAUUUUUUAACUGUGACCUUUUAAAAAGUUGAUGCUUUAUUUUCUUUCGUAAAACACUUAAUGGCAGCUCUUUUACUUCAUGUUUAAAUAUGAAUGUUUACCCCAAUAUCUAAGAGAUAAAUACAAAGCACUUGACUUACUUUAUGGGAUUCUGCAUUUUUUCCACUAUGGUACACUUUAGAACACUUUAACAUGGUUAUUUAAUGUUUUUACUCUUUUGUAUAUUAUCUUUUAUGUUUUUUUUUUAUUCUUUCAAACAAUGGUGUAGAAGACAGUAGCAAAACCAGCCAUGAUGUGUGGUUUAUAGACAGUGUCCAUGAGGAAAAGACAGAACUGGAGGCUGCAGAGCUCAAGAUGUUGAGGUUUUAUUUGGGAGUGACAAGGAUGGAUAGGAUCAGGAAUAAGUCAAGCAGAGGGGCAACUCAUGUUAAAUGUCCUGGAGAUAAAGUCAGAAAGGACAAAUUCAGAUGGUUUAGACAUGUCCAGUGGAGAGACAUGAUUACAGUAACUUAACAUAAUGGGGGCUUGUCCGGGGUAAUUGUCUAAGGGCCUCUCAUAGCAGUUAUUAUAUAGAUAGCUAGAAACUGUAUAACUGUAUAUGUUUACUGAUUUACUUCUCAUAGGUGUUGGGGUGGUGAGCAGUAUUUGGUUUGUGUCACAUUAGUAAUAGCUGCUUGGUUAGAGGAUGUUUAGUUUAGAGGCAUUUUUAGAUGCAUCCAGAAAUGUCUCAAGAGCGAACUGGUAGAAAUAGACGAAGAAGAAGAAAAUAUAAUUUCUAUAGCGCCUCUCAAGAUAAAAAUCACGAGGCGCUUCACCAAAACAAAAAAUGUAAAAAUAUAAAAAAGAAUUUAGAAAAUGUUUAAAAAUAUAUUUUAAAUGAGCAAAAAAUAGACUAUUGUGAUUUUUAAAAAGUUAAGAAAGGGAGAGAGUGAAUAGGAAAGAGGGAAAUCAGUGGAUCCUGAGGAAGGUGGAAUAGGUGGGGAGAGCAGAAUAAAGAGAGAGUGGUGAAGAUGGUCAUAAAAAAGCCAGCUUGAACAAGUGAGUCUUCAGUUGCUUUUUAAAGGAGACCACUGAGUCCACUGAUCUCAGGCUCAGGGGGAGAGAGUUCCAGAGUCUGGGGGCCACAGCAGCAAAUGAUCUGUCACCUUUGGUCUUUAGCCUGGUGCUGCACAACCAGUAGGCUUUGAUCACUGGACCUCAGGGACCUGCUGGAGGUGUAGGGACUAAGAAGAUCACCAAGAUAAGAUGGUGCUUGUCCCUAUAGACCAGAACCAGGAUCUUGAAUUGAAUCCUGAAAUUGACUGGCAGCCAAUGAAGCUGGAGGAGAAGCGGGGUGAUGUGGGUGUGUUUGGAGGACUUGGUCAGAAGCCAAACACAAGCAUUCUGAACCACCUGUAGAUGGUUCAAGGAGGUUUUGCUCAGACACGUGAAAAGAGAGUUACAGUAGUCUAAGCGUGAGGAGAUGAAGGUGUGGACAACUGUCUCAAGUUCAGAGCGGGACAGCGGGACAGAAUGGGACUCAGCUUAGCAAGAUUCCUGAGAUGGAAGAAGGAAGAGCGAACAAGAGAACUGAAAUGAGAAUCCAGGGUGAGAGCUGGGUCAAAGGUCACGCUAAGAUUCCUGACUGAAGGUUUGGUGUGAGAAGCAAGCUGACCAAGAGAGUCUCUGACUUUGGGAACCAGCUUGUCUAGGGCACAGAUGAGGAUCUCAGUCUUAUCUUCAUUCAGCUGUAGAAAGCUCCCAGCCAUCCAGGUUUUGAUAGAGUCUAAGCAGAUGUGUAACAGCUGCAGCUUAGACAUCUCAUGGGGCUUAAAGGAGAUGUACAGUUGGAUGUCAUCUGCAUAAAGAUGGUAGGAGAUUCCUUUGAAGGAGCUCAGGAUGUGUUGAAGAGGAAGCAGAUAGAGAAGGAAAAGCAGAGGCCCCAGCACGGAACCUUGUAGGACACCAUGGGUAAGGGAGGUGGUGGAGGACCUAAACUUGGAGACGGCCACAGAAAAGGAGCGCUCAGACAGAUAAGAGGAGAACCACUCCAGAGCAGUUCCUGAUAGGCCUACCCAGUCUCUCAGCCUCUCAGUAGCAGGUGAUGGUCAACAGUGUCAAAAGCUGCAGUCAGGUCCAGCAGGACCAGAAGAGAACAGUCCCACGCAUCACUGUGAGUCAGAAGGUCAUUAGAGACCUUAAGAAGAGCUGUUUCAGUAGAAUGAGCUCUACGACAACCUGACUGGAAGCGAUCAUAGAUGUAAUGUUCAUCAAGAGCAGCUGUGAGUUGUUUAGCCACAACAUUUUCCAAGAUCUUGGAGAUGAAUGGAAAUUUAGAGAUGGGUCUGAAGCUGCUAUGGAGAGAGGCGUCAAGACUCUGUUUUUUAAGAAGCGGGUGGAUGACGUCGUUCUUAAAGUAAGCAGGGACCUGACCAGAAAUCAGAGAAGCAUUAAUUUUGGAGAGCACGCUGGGAUGAUGGACUGAAAAGCACAUUUAAAAUAAGAUGAGGGUAAGAUGUAGAGGGGCAUGCAGAGGUCUUCAUAGAGUGGGACGCUUCAUCCUAGCUGCGGCUCAACAGAUGCUGAAGAAGUACCCUCUAACCAAGCAGCUAUAACUAAUGUGGCACAUACACAAAGACUGCUCACCAAGCUCAAGCACCUAAGAGAAUGAGUAAAACAGAUACACAUACAAUUUCCUGCUAUCAGUAUUAUAAAUGCUGUGAGAGGUCCUCAGACAAUUAUUCCGGACAAGCCCCCACGAAGAAGGAUGUUGAAGGAUGCUGAGAUUGGAGCCACCAAGCAGGAGGGUGGGAGAAAGACCAAAAAGAAGAUUCAUGGAUGCGGUGACAGAGGAUAUGAAGUUAGUUGGCGUAAGGGUGGAAAAUGCAGAAGACAGGACUAAAUUGUGAUGGAUGAGUGGCCUGUGGCGAUGCCUGAAGGGAAAAGUCUAAAGAGAAAGUGUUGGGGUUAGAGUAGUUUUUUGUUUGGUGGUCAAUCAAAAAAUUCACAAAAACUAAAAAUGUUCUCAGCUGUAAACCAAACAUCUUAUUCUUUUUUCAAUCAUCUGUCUAUAAAAUCAAAUUUCCACCAUGUCAAAAGGACCUAAACGUCGAGCUCUUGUUGAACUGCAUGUGAGAGACAGUCUGUGAACUUGUGAGUUGAUUAGAACGUGUCUUGCUGCUGCUACUGCUGUUUUUAGCCUUUCUAAUGCUUAUGUACAAAUCUAUUCUUUGUGUCAAUAAAUGAUUAAACCUGAUGUCAACUGCA